GUAUCUUGCCAAAUCUCAAUCUUGAUAAAUCCAUCCAUCCUCCCUUCCUGUUGCUGUCAGCAUCUCUCAACUGCUUCACACUGUUCCUUCUCCUUCGCUCGCACCUCCACUGCAACGACCGCCACAAGUUGCAGCAAUCUCUUCCUCUGUUGCUGUGCCUGUGCCCUUCUCCUUUGGCCGCAAAGCUUUCCAGAUCGAAGGUUUCAGCCGACACCGCGAGAAUUCCUGUGCUGCUUUUCCCAGCUUUUCCUUCUGGAAAGUUGGGCGCUUUCUGCAGGUUGAUUUCCUUUACGGGGAAAUCGAUUGGUUUGCGCUGCAAAGGUUGGAUCUUUGCCUGAUUGAGGUUUCUCAAUAAGUCGGGAGCUCGAUUUGGAGAGGGUUUCUUUUUUGGUGGUGUUUGGAUUUGCAAAUCAAAGAUAGAUUGCUGGCUGAUACAAAACUUAAGUGCUGCUGAGCUGAUUUGGAGGAUUCUUGGUCGUGUGGCAUCUGGUGAAUUUUUGGUUUCUGUGCAUUUUUCGCUAGCGAUGUCUUUCCGCAGCAUAGUCCGUGAUGUUAGGGAAAGCUUCGGAAGCUUAUCAAGACGGAGUUUUGAGGUGAGAAUUUCAGGUCUCCCUGGUCUUUCUGGCCAUCACAGAGGGAAGUCCCUUGGAUCUUUGAGCGAGCUGCAUGAUAGACCUGUAGUAGUAGAUCAAAGCAGAUGGGUUGGUCUUCCUCCUGAAUUACUCCGUGAUGUGAUGAAAAGACUAGAGGAAGGAGAGAGCACUUGGCCUUCCCGCAAAGAUGUCGUUGCCUGUGCAGCAGUCUGCAGAACAUGGAGAGAGAUAUGUAAGGAUAUAGUGCAAAGCCCAGAAAUCUGUGGAAAGAUCACUUUUCCCGUGUCUCUAAAACAGCCUGGGCCUCGAGAUGGUUUAAUUCAGUGCUUUAUAAAAAGGGACAAAUCAAAAUUGACUUAUUAUCUCUACCUGUGUCUUAGCCCUGCUGUGCUCAGCGAGAACGGAAAAUUUCUGCUUGCAGCUAAGAGGACUCGUCGGACAACAUAUACGGAAUAUAUAAUAUCUGUGGAUUCUAAGAACAUCUCACGGUCAAGUAAUGGUUAUGUUGGAAAACUUAGGUCAAAUUUUCUUGGCACCAAAUUCGUUGUCUAUGACACACAGCCACCAUACAAUGCUGGGAGCCUUGCCUCAUGUCAGCAUGGCAGCCGUCGAAUAUCUUCUAGGAGGGUUUCACCGAAGUUACCCACUGGUAGCUACCCUAUUGCUCGGGUGAAAUAUGAGCUAAAUGUUCUUGGCACCAGGGGACCAAGGCGCAUGCAAUGCACCAUGCAUUCAAUCCCAGCCUCAGCAGUUGACCCUGAAGGCGUGGUGCCUGGUCAGCCAGAGCAGCUUCUCCCUGGUCCAUUUGAGGAGUCCUUUCGCAGCACAAACACCUCCUCCAGGUUCUCCUCUUUCAUGGACAGAUCUCUGGACUUCAGCAGCUCCCGCUUCUCGGAAAUAAGUGGAUUAACAAACCAACAAGGAGAGGAUGAUGGGGAGGCCAAGGAGAGGCCUUUGGUUCUCCGGAACAAAGUGCCAAGAUGGCAUGAGCAGCUGCAAUGCUGGUGCCUGAACUUCCGUGGCCGUGUGACUGUGGCUUCUGUCAAGAACUUCCAGCUGAUAGCUGCACCACCGCCAGCUGCUGCGUCUGCUGAAUCUUCGCAACCAGAGCAGCAGCAGCAGCAAAACCAGCCAUCCGAUCACGACAAGGUUAUCCUGCAGUUUGGUAAGGUUGCCAAGGACAUGUUCACCAUGGACUACCGGUACCCCCUCUCAGCAUUCCAGGCUUUCGCCAUCUGUUUGACUAGCUUCGACACCAAGCUGGCUUGUGAAUGAUCAAUAUAGGUCAGUGUAGUGUAAUUCUGCAAGAGUGCUUGCAUAGCGUGUGAUACGUACAUCAGUCUCAGUCUGCUUGUGUGCAGUGCAGCCGCAGUUUGUUCUUCUCUGUUCUUCUGAUGUAAACUAAAGAAUGGCAACAAAUCUGAAAUGCAGUUCUUUGCUACAUUUAUCAUGUACUCCAUCCACUACGGUAACUUGUUUGUAGGUUGGAAGAACCACACACUCCUGUACUAGCAUGUGAUUUACUUAGGUCCUCUUUGUUUCCGCUAGAAUUACUAUAAUCUAGAUUAUUGAACCAUAUUACUAUAAGUUAAGGUAUUUAAUGGAUGACAAGAUAUUACUAUAAGU